GGCGGAUGUAUCCGAGCUCAAGCAUGAGCUCGAAUUCUUGUGCAAUCUUGUAGCAGUCAGGAGCGAGACGACAAGCAUGUGCAAAAACCGGUGCUCCUACUGUCACAUUGUGACGAGUGAUAUCGUGACGUACUGAGUCUUCAAGAGAUGGAGCUGGGAAGAGAUUGAAGAAUUCUUCCAGAAGCAUAGACCACUGUGGGGAGACUUUUGCAUGAGCUUGCACGAGGCGCAAGGGUGGUAAAUUUGAUUUCAUGCCUUGAACUGUUAGGUGGGUCUCAGAAUCUAGGAGAUGGCUAUGUCAGAGGUCCACCACAAGCUUAAAGUGCCAAAGAAAAUCCGAACCGAUAAUUGGUACACGCAUGUUACUGAUAGAGAAAAUCCAUUAAUACAUGCAUCUCAAGCCAAUGUCAAGUGUAACAGACUUUUCAAGUCAAGUGUAACAGACUUCUGUAAUGUCUAUUAGCAAGCACCAACUAGCCCAGAAUCAAAUCCUUUUGUCCAUAGGUCCGUAUGGUAGAAUGAUUAACUGCAGUGACAUGCAGUGUGGUGUGUCAUCGUCAGCGGUCCUCUAGCGUAGUAGGAAUAACAAGACAUGCUUCGGCACCUGUAUCGACGAGGUAUCGGAUCUUGAUGAUGCAGUCCAUGACGUGGAGUAGGCGGCUGGAUAGUGGACCUGAAAUACUGGCCGCCACCAGUACGUAACCUGUGCAUUUCCCGCAAACUGGCAAGGCUGACAGCACUGACGAGCGUGUGCUCCAUAUCAGUGGUGGUGCCAGCAGAUGCUCUGCAGGCUUUCAAACGCCUAGUUCCUUCGUGGUGAGCAGCUGCUGCAGCCUACAUUGUUCUCACUCGGUUGUCCAGCGUAUGAGCUCUGCUUUUAGAGUGUCAUAGGUGUUUUCAGGAGACGGAGAGUGCAGAAUGUCUCUACGAUGGCAAUGACAGCUGGUGGUAAAGCACCAGUGACAGUCGUACCGUGCUAUUUGCGAUGUGACUCAUUGGCAUCGGAAGAGUGGCUCAAUGCUCAGUAACCAGAGUUCGAGCCUGACUGCCAAAACUCCGGCAGCUUAAGGGUAGCGACAACAGGUUCGAGUACUGUGGGAUUCGGCAUCACAUCGCUGUUGGUUGUGGUGUCCAUGGUCAGCCGGAAUGAACGGGGCUGAAGGCCUUUACUGUUGUCACCCAAGAAACAAGGGUGGACAUGAACACUCUGCACGUUGGAGAAGGGACGAGCAGGGAGCCAGAACCACGAGCCAGGAAAAUGGAAGAUUCCGGAGAGCCUGCUCGGCCAGCUGUUCUGGAGGAGCCACCCCAUGCUUCUGAGAAAGAUUCUGCGACUAGGAAACCAGCUGGUGAUGGCAAAGGCAAAAGAUCACCAGUGCAUAAAGCUGACGAUGUCAAACAGAAGAAAGCAGCAAGCAAGGUGGACGAUGAUGCUGCCAACAUUGCAACACUUUCCGCCACAGGAAAAGACAAGAAGCCAGAACCCGUUGGUUUGUCUGAGGCCGCUGACAAGGGGACAAAAGAAGAGGUUCAUCCUGCUGCUCACAAAACAGGUGCCGGCAAGGCAUCAGAUAAGCACAAGCACACAGAGUCUGGACAGCCCUCUUCUCCCAAUGGCAGCAAGGAGUCGGCCAUGCCAGCUGGCAAAGCAUCACAUCACUUGCAUGAGUCACACUCGGCUGCUGCCCCCAAGUGUAGCAAACCGCCAUCCCAGACUGCCAGUGACACCGUCAUCAAGAGCAAGACGGGUUCGCAAGAUGAAGGGACCUACCAAAGCCACCUCAGCUCAUACCGAAACACACGGCACGAGAGAGGCGCUGGAACGAGUUCGUGGAAUGACGUUAGCCUGUUCUCCAGGAAAGCAGAUGACAGUGGACCAGCAGCAAGAAAGUGUGAUGAUGACCGUGGAGGCUCAUUGCUUGCUAGUAGCAAGAGCAGCAUCCCCGUCAUUCAGCCUGUGGUCCAACCCUUGUUCAGUCUGUACAGCUCUCCCUACAGCUCAACAAACAAUGUCUCUGGCCAGCCGCCUGCAGGGCCGUAUGCAUUUGGCCCCAGCUACCCCAGCUAUCACGCAGGACCAUUUUACCCGGGCUGCCUGCAACGACCUUCAUUGGGCUACAACAGGCCACGGAUGCUACUCUACAACGGACAGAGACCAAAAUCACUGGGCUUGAGAAAUGCACCCUGUCUCGAAGAGUCGGAGAGCGACGUAGAUGACUCGAGAAAAAGGAAGAAUCCAAACACUAAGGACAAGGUGCAAGAUGAUGAUGAUGGUGCAAUUCAGAAAGAGGAUCACAGGGCUGGUCCUAACAAGGAGGAAGGGAAGAAGGCAGCCAUUGAGGAAAAACUGGAGGUUGAGAAGAGGGCAGACAAGAAGACUGCUCAUUGAUAUGCUAGUCAACAAAAGCAGCGGCUUAAAAAAAUGAUUUGCAGCUCAUACCUGUAUACUCAAGGUUGAUGAGCAUUGCCUGAAGGCAGCGUCAGAUUUAUGCGGCCAGGAUAUCUACAAAUUGUUCUGGACCUAAGCUUUUUCAGUUGCGACUCAAUGUCCACAAUUUGAAGGACCUGCUUAGACGAACAUGUGUUCACUUUUGUCUUGGCUUUUGGUCCCACUCAAACUGCAGCAUGCUUAGUAGCAGAUAUCUGAGCACCCUAUGCAAAUUUACUUGCUGAAAAUUGCACACACCCUUUAAUUAUUGUGCUGUAGCAAGCAAGAAAUGAAUUGUGUUUGGAAGGUGUUGCUUUGUUUUGUUUUUCCCUAUGUAAAUUGGUGCAUUAUUAGGAUAGUUUAUUACUUUGACAAAAGGGAUCAAACAAGUGUCAAGUUGCAUCAGAGCUGCAUAAAAUUGAAGGAUAUCCAAUCUUGACUAGUUGACAAUUCUGCCUUGAAGCUGUUAUUCAGUCUAUGCUUGUAAUGUAUAAACUCUGGAGUCAAGUGUAUGGAUUCAUUUGCGUCUCAUUUUAUGGGGCUUCAGUGCAGGUGUCAGCUCUUACAGGCAGCAUUGUUCCGAAGAUAUAGUAGGUUUUCUUGUGUGCCUCAGUGAGUCACUGUGCAAGCAGAUGGUGAUACUAUAUGAGAGUAAUAUAAAAGACCUGCACAACAAGUGUGCAAAUUGUGUAGCUCAAGUU